GAUCGCGUAGGAUGCGCUGGGCUGCGGGGACCCUCCACCGCCGGGCGAGGACCCGGGGGCGCGCGUGGUCCGCUACCCUAGCCCCGACGAACAACACAGGAACAUGUGCUCAAGUGCAGCCACCCCCGCGGGGCACCAUCCAAGUCCUUCGUGGAAAUGGCACUUCUGUGGGGACUGUCAUCAUGUUCCACUGCCCCUCAGGGCACCAGAUGUUGGGGUCCGGCCUUCUCACCUGUACUUGGAAGGGGAAUAUCGCCGAGUGGUCUUCAGUGGCCCCUGUGUGCAAGUCUGUGCCACCAUCUGAGACCUUUGGCUUUAAGGUGGCUGUGAUCGCCUCCAUUGUUAGCUGUGCCAUCAUCCUUCUCAUGUCUGUGGCCUUCCUCACCUGCUGCCUGAUAAAGUGUAUAAAGAGGAGUGAGCUGAGGCGCGCUGACAGGGUGGCCCAGCUGUGGCUCCAGCUGCGUGGUGAGGACCUGGAGACAGUGCAGGCUGCUUACCUGGGUCUCAAGAGUCCGAACAGCAAUAGCAGCUCACAGCCCAGGAGCUGGCUCAGCCAGGUUCAUGACAACCAAAGCUUCACCACAGACUUUGGUGAGGGCACCAGAGAGGUGGCUGGCCUGGCCCACAGUGUGAACAAGGACCCAUGGACCCUGGGACCUGGUGCUCUGAACCCCAUUGGCACUACUGGCUUCCCCGACACUCAGAGGAUGAUGCAUACAACAAAUAUGGGGCAGAUUGUGCCUGCCUCCAGACUCACCUCAGGAAUCUGCAGACAGCCCAUGGCCUAUGUCCCCGGAUGACCACAGCCAAGGACUCUCUCACUUGUGGGGGUUGGGGGCAUUCACAACUUGACGUGUCCAGCUUGAGAUUGGUCAUGAAGUCAGCUUCUGGCUUAAGGAUCUUUCAGGACUCCCACCUGGGCACUCAAGGGAGGUGUCCUAUCUGGGGGAGCCCAGCCGCAGCAGUUUUUAUAGCUAGGCUCCUUGAAACCAUUGCCUCAGAGGAUCUCAAACCCAGUUGCAGCCUCCCUCUGACCUGGUUCUGGUAAAGAUACAGGGACAGUUUAAGCAAAUCUAGUUUUGCAUAUCAGAGUAGGAAAAUAAACUCAGCAACUUCAGAUGCAUCUUCCUCAUGGGGCGCUGCCUGUGAGAUGGGACUUGAUGAAAUGUCAGCAUCCAGUCUCUAAAAUUAUUGAUCAAGGUUGUAAAAUAAACAGUUCUUUUGAAUGCUGAAAAAUACAAAGGUAAACAUCACUCUCUUGGAUUUCAGUCCCUCUAGAGAAAAACCCCAGGCACACUGGCCUAAAACUAUUAUCCUUUAUUACCGUUUGGGCUCCAGACUUAACCAGUGCUCAGCUGGUGGCCCUCAAGGCCCUUUCUGAGGUGCUGUGGUCAGCUGGUGACUGGCACUGGCUGUGAAAGGCUGGCCAACACAUCAGAAUACGCUGCUGCUGUCUGCAGAGACCUCCGAGGGGCAUGAUCAUCUUACAUCUUGGUGAGAAUUCCAAGUGCAAGCACCAUCUUUCAGGCUCCAGUCAUGUCAUGUCCUUCGCAGUAGGGGUGGCAGCUGGACCUUUUGGUGAAGGAGUGUCAUACCUGCAUAUGUCCAGCCCAGUCUUCCACCUGUCCUGAUCCCAGGUGAGCCCUGUGUGCAUGCCUGUGGGUGUGGCUGUAGUUGGCAGUCUCUCAUGCACACUUGUUUGCUCCAUUUAACAUGACCUUGGGCUCAUUCUGUAGUGCCUUCUGCAUAUUCACCUCCUAAGUGGCUUGGGCUAGCCCCAUCUUCCAGGUUCUCAUCAGUGGAGCGUCACCUCUGUUCUGGGCAGGUUGAACUCCAGUCUAUUACCAUUUGGGGUGUGGACUGUUUAACCAUUGAGGAAAGUGGCUGAGUUUUGCCCUCUGACCUUUCUUCCUGCCUAGAGGGCCUACAGCCAUACUGGGGCCAUGAGGAGAAGGGAGCCCGAUGAACAAGCGGCAGUCCAGAAGGAGCUUGAGCUGCCUCCAGACACAUGGUAAAAUCUACCAUCUUAACCAUUUUGAAGUGUAAAGUUUGGUGGCAUUAAGCACAUUCAACCAUCACCUCCUUCCAUUUCCAGAACUUUCUCACCUUCCCAAACUGAAAUAUACUUAUUUUACAAUAACUCCAUUUUCCUCCCCCAACCCUUGUACCCCCCCAUUCUGCUUUCUUUUAGUCUCUAUGAAUUUGAUGACUAGGGAACUCAUAUGAAUAGAAUCAUCCAGUAUUUGUCCUUUUUUUGACUGCCUUAUCAUAUCUCAUUGAGCAUAAUGUCCUCAAGGUUUAUCCAUGUUGUAGCCUGUGUCAGAAUUUCCUUCCUUUUUUUUUUUUUUAAAGAUUUAUUUAUUUAUACAAGAACCGGGGGACAGGCCAGAUGUGCAGGAGGGUGAAAGGAUUCACCAGAGACAGAGCGGGGAACAGAACAGGCAGACUGACCGAAAUACACUGCUGAGGGGAGCAGCAGGCGAGACAGGAGAGGUCUGCUUGCCAUUUGGGCAUCUCCGCGGCCAGCAGAGAUCCAAUCAGCACUGCAGAGGCUGCGGACAGCUUCUCAGCACUGUGCUCAACCACUUGCACCACCAGGAAGGCCCAGAAUUUCCUUCCUUUUUAAGACUGAAUAAUAUCCCACUGUAUGAGUGGACCACAUUUGGUUUAUUCAUUCACUGUUGAUGGACACUUGGGUUGUUCUGCCUUUUGGCUAUUGUGAAUCACGCUCUGAACAUGAAUGUACAAGUAUCACUUAAGUUCCUACU